UAACUUUUAUAAAAUGAAAUUAUAAAAUAUACCUUAAAGUAAAUUAAUUCCGUCAUAAAUUUAAAAUUAUCCAGGGACUAAAGUUUAAUAUAAAAGCGCAAAUAAAAUUUGUAUCCCACAUAUCACCUUUUAUACACAUACAAACAACAACAACAAAAACCUUAUUGUUUCCCAGCUGUAAAAAAAAAAAAAAGAAAAAAAAAAGGAUAGAUGGUCUGAUAAUAUUUCGUUAUUACUACGUAUAAUUUUAAUGAACUAGACCCCUCACCCUCACCCUCACCCUCACGGCCUCACCCUCAUCCUCCAAUUAUCAAUUAUGCAACUAUUUGGAUCAUCUCCUUUCUUUCAUUCAACUUAAUUAUUAUACCCUAAAAAGGGCAAAUAAACUCUCAUUUAUCACCCUUUUUCUAUACUUGUAUUUUUCUUUUUUGGGUUUUUAAGUGCCACCCUGUUACAAGUUAGUUACACAAAAUUAAAUAAAAUUAAACAAAAAGCUCCUUCUUUUUCCAAGCUGGCAUAUUAUCCCCCCCAAAAAAAAAAAAAAAAAAAAAAAAAAUAAAAUCACUCACUUAAUACAAACACAACAAAUCCACUCUGUUUUUUCUUCUUCAAUUCUUCAUCUCACCUCUUUUUGCAUUUCCUUUUCUUCCACUUCACCCAAAAAAAAAAAUAAAAAAAAUACCAAGAAUCUCAAAUUUCUCAUAUUUCAAUAAACUUAGCUCAAUUUUAAUACAAUUAAAUUGAUCAAAACAUGUCAAAUUCAGUGGGUUUAGAAUUGGAAAGAAAGGCUUCACCGGGAAAUGACAUGGAGAGGGGAUCACCCGUGGCGGCGACGGCAUCCGGAGAAACAGAGCACGGUAUUGGAUCAAUCCUCCGGCGAUGGAAAAGAGAAGAUUUAAUUAGAAAAGGGUCAUUAACUUUAAGAGCUUUGGCUUUGGUUUUUUCUUUACUUUCCUUUAUUAUUAUGGCUAGUAACAAUCACGGGGGUGGACAAGACUUUGGCAAUUACGAAGAAUUCAGGUAUUUGCUGGCAAUUGCAAUAUUAUCGACACUAUAUACAGGAUUACAAUGCUUUAGACAUGUAAAUGAAUUAUCUAGAGGGAAGCAAUUUGUUGAUCCCAAAACUGCAGCUAUGAUUGAUUUUGUUGGAGAUCAGAUAUUGGCAUAUUUGUUACUGUCAUCAGCCUCUUCGGCCAUACCUAUGACAAACAGAAUGCGGGAAGGAGGUGAUAACAUUUUCACAGACUCAUGUGCAGCAGCCAUAAGCAUGUCUCUCCUUGCUUUCAUUUCAUUGGCAUGUUCAUCCGUCAUUGCUGGCUAUAAGCUCUCUACUCAGUCAUUUAUAUGAAAAUUUCCUCUUAUAAAUAUAUUUAUAAUCUAAACAUUCUUGAACUUGAUUCUUUCAUACAGUAUAGUCUUUACAUAUUGUUUAUAUACAUGAUUAGAGUUGGCCUUAGGCUAUCUGAUUGGAACCCUUCAGGUCACAUAUUGCCUGCAACUUAUUGUAUGUAAUUCUUCGUUUUCUUUUCUUUCUUUUUCUUAAAUGUAUAUUUUAAUGAAUAUUUGAGUAUAGAAAUUCACUCCUAAUCUUUUCUCUGCUAA